AGCAGGCAGCGGUGAACGCCGAUUGGCUGCGCGGCCCGAAGCGACAGAUUCCGGAAAGGGGAAGAGCAGCCAACAUGGCGGCGGAGCAGGGCUCGGGCCAGCAACAGUCGCAGGAGAUGAUGGAGGUUGACAGGCGGAUGGAAUCGGAGGAGUCCGGUGAUGAGGAGGGGAAGAAACAGAGCGGCCUCCUAGUGACAGAACUCAGUGAGCACAGCCUCAAGGAUGGAGGCGAGCCCGGGGACGAGGACCCGGAAGGUCAGGAACUGCCUGUGGACAUGGAGACCAUCAGCUUGGACAAAGAUGCCGAGGAUGUUGAUCUGAACCACUACCGCAUCGGGAGGAUUGAGGGGUUUGAGGUGCUGAAGAAAGUGAAGACGCUCUGCCUGCGCCAGAACCUCAUCAAGUGCAUUGAGAACUUGGAACAGCUGCAGAAUCUCCGGGAACUGGACCUUUACGACAACCAGAUCCGAAGGGUGGAGAACCUGGAGGCACUGGUAGAGCUAGAGGUUCUAGAUAUUUCUUUUAAUCUGCUAAGAAACAUUGAAGGGCUCGACAAGUUGACAAGGCUGAAAAAACUCUUCUUGGUCAACAACAAGAUCAAUAAAAUUGAGAACAUCAGCAACUUAAAGGAUCUGCAGAUGCUGGAAUUGGGGUCCAACCGCAUCCGGGCUAUUGAAAACAUCGAUGCACUGACCAGCCUAGAGAGCUUGUUUUUGGGGAAAAACAAGAUCACAAAACUCCAGAACCUGGAUGCGCUCACCAACCUGACGGUCCUCAGCAUGCAGAGCAAUCGGCUGACCAAGAUUGAGGGGCUGCAGAGCCUGGUGAACCUACGGGAGCUUUACCUCAGCCACAAUGGCAUCGAGGUCAUCGAGGGCCUGGAGAACAAUAAUAAACUCACAAUGCUGGAUAUCGCAGCAAACAGGAUCAAGAAGAUUGAGAACAUCAGCCACCUGACGGAGCUGCAGGAGUUCUGGAUGAAUGACAACUUCCUGGAGAGCUGGAGUGAUCUGGACCAGCUGAAGGGUGCACAGAGCCUGGAGACAGUGUACCUGGAGCGCAACCCCCUGCAGAGGGACCCCCAGUACCGCCGCAAGGUCAUGCUGGCGUUGCCCACCGUGCGGCAGAUCGAUGCCACCUUCGUGAGGUUCUGAGUCACACCCCUUGCUGCCCCCCCUCCUCCAAAGGACUUCCUGGCCCUGGCCGGCUGCACUCAACCACCACAGACCACUGCAAUAAAGGCACUGAGUGACC